GAUUCUUGAUUCAGCUGCCAUAUUCUUGUUUUUUUAUCUUGUGGGUCUUCUUCUUGUGGUCUGUUUUGAUAGUUUGGGUUUGUUUUGGUGAUUGGAAAUAUGGGGUUCCUUGUAAUUUGGUUAUUGUUUAUUAAAGAUUGAAGCUUAAUGUGAUUCUUGAUGCUUUUGGUGUUAAUGUAUCAAGAUUCUGUUUUUUUGGGAUAAAAGUUACUGUCUUUUUGUUGAUUACUUGUGCUAAUUAGUGCUCUUUGUGAAUUCAAGGGCUGUUUUUUUGGUGUAAAUUGGUAAAGAGGAUUACAAAGAAUGCAACUUUAUAAUUUAGAAUUUGGAUUUUGAAGUGUCAGGUGCAUUUUGAUGAACUAUGUUGUACACAAGUUUUCGUAUGUUCCGCAUUUCAUUUCCGCUUCAAGCUCGGGAACUCUUUUUUAAUAAUCUAUUCAAAUGUGGUUUGGCUCUUUCGCAUUUUAAUGUUUUCCGUUGUAGCAUUUUCAUUUUUGUGCAAUAUGGUUGAUGAGUUGAGACUCACCAUUUUUACAUUUGGAGGCCGGAAGAGAAUUUUAGGAUUCCAUAGGUGUAUUACUUGACUUGACUUUGUUUCCUUCUGUUGAUUGGAUAGAUACAAACAUAGUGAUAAUUGAUGAUUGACGAAGAUCCAAAGUAUAUAGGUUCAGGGUUUGGAGCAGCAUAAAUAGAUAGACACAUACAUUUACAUACAGUUGAACAACACUUAUUGCUGUUCCAAGCAGCAUAUUGAGUAGAGAAAUGAAUGUCAAUCUGUUAAUGUGCAACUUUAUUUUGGUGCUGAGAGGCUAGCCGGUAGUGGAUUUUAUAAAAAGAUUUAUGCUCUGGAUCUUUCAGAAAAUACAAAUUGCUUCUUAAUGCCAUGUAAAUACCGGUGAAGUUCACAUAAGUUUUAAGGGAUGGUUAUGUAUAUGAAACUGUGAAUCCAUAUAUUAAGGAACUAUUCGAUUAUGAUUAAUCCCCUUUACUCAUGGAAUAUGCCGUUUGGUUGCAAUUGUAUCAUACCUUUAUCUGACAGUUGACGUCUAAUGGCUUGCAUCUAACCAAGAAACUUGAGAUUAUGUUAAGAGCAAAGCAGCUAAGUAACCUUUCCAGUAACGCAAGGUCAUUUUUUCUAAAUGGUUCACGGUGUAAUGCGUCGGAUGGAAGUUCGUGCACUUGCUCGGAAGAUGAAACCUGUGUUCCAAGAAGGCAGCAAACAGCAAAUAAAAUUCUACUUUCACAAAAAGGAUCCACCAUAGUGCCGAAAACUUCAGCAAGGGUACAAGCCUCUCUAUUGGGAGAUGCUGGGAAAUUGUUGGUUCCUCAGAAAGUUGAAAGCAUUAACCGCUCAACUCUGUCAAAAGUUGCAUCUCCUCCAAUUUCUAUAAGAAGAUCAGACUGUGUUAGCUAUGCUAGCGGUAUUGAUGCUGUUCAGAAUGAUGCUGCACACUCAUCACCUCCAAUUUCAGAUCAGGUUAUGAAAGCAGGUAUUGCAGCAGUUAGUUUUCUGUCCGAUUUGGUAAACUACAAACUUCCUAUGUCUGAUGGAAAUGGAAUAAACUUACCUAAAAACUGCAUGGUUGACCCCACCAGGCCACAAUCUGUUGUAAGGUCUUCAAAUGUGAAACCCGUCAGGAGAGAGAAUCUUUCUAAAGCUUAUGCAAAAGCAUCUCCAGAGGAAGCAGGGGGUUCCACUGCCAGUAACUAUAACAGCGUAAAAGACAAAAGUGAGAAAUCUAGUUUUAGCAGAGGUUUCAAACACGGUUCAAAUACCCCAACUGGUAAUACGGCAAAAACUCAUAGUAUAGAUUCAGAAACAAGUAAUAGAAGGAGUACUAUACCUCAGAAACCAAAAGAUCAAUCAAAUGGGUUAAUGAGAAAUUUUAACGCCAAUGUACAGAAUUCAGACAAAAAGAUAGGGAAGCGCUUUGCUGAUGAUUUUAGAAACCCCCCGAGAGAUGCUAAAAUGCCAGUGGUAAUGGCUCCAAGUACCAGACAGUUUGCUAGCUGCGGGCACAUUGUGGAAAAUGUUUCUCAGAUACUGAAGCAUAAUAGGUGGGGUCCUGCAGCAGAGGAGGCUCUUGCAAAUCUUAGUUAUACAAUGGACGCAUACCAAGCAAACCAAGUCUUAAAACAGCUUCAAGAUCAUACAGUUGCUCUUAAUUUUUUUUAUUGGUUGAAACGGCAACCUGGAUUCAACCAUGAUGGCCAUACUUACACAACCAUGGUUGGCAUCCUUGGUCGUGCCAGGCAGUUUGGUGCAAUUAACAAAUUGCUUGAUCAGAUGGUCAAGGAUGGAUGUCAGCCUAAUGUUGUAACUUAUAACCGUCUUAUUCACAGUUAUGGUCGCGCAAACUACCUGAAUGAAGCAGUUGAUGUAUUCCAUGAUAUGCAAAGGUUAGGAUGUGAACCUGAUCGUGUUACCUACUGCACGCUCAUUGAUAUUCAUGCAAAAGCUGGGUUUCUUGACUUUGCUAUGGAGAUGUAUCAGAGAAUGCAAGCAGCCGGUCUUUCUCCCGACACAUUCACUUAUAGUGUAAUAAUCAACUGUCUUGGAAAAGCUGGUCAUUUAGCGGCUGCCCACAAGCUAUUUUGUGAGAUGGUCGAUCAAGGCUGUGUUCCUAACUUGGUCACUUUUAACAUAAUGAUUGCUUUGCAAGCUAAGGCGAGGAAUUACCAGAGUGCACUAAAGCUUUACCGUGACAUGCAGAGUGCUGGAUUUCAACCUGACAAAGUAACUUAUAGUAUAGUUAUGGAGGUGCUUGGACAUUGUGGUAAUCUUGAUGAAGCAGAAGCUGUUUUUUCGGAGAUGAAAAGGAAGAACUGGGUGCCUGAUGAGCCUGUCUAUGGUCUUUUGAUAGAUUUGUGGGGAAAGGCUGGGAAUGUUGAAAAGGCUUGGCAUUGGUACCAAACCAUGCUUCAAACUGGUUUGCGUCCGAAUGUGCCAACAUGUAAUUCUCUUCUUAGUGCAUUUCUAAGGGUUAACAGGCUAGCAGAUGCUUAUAAUUUGCUUCAGAGCAUGCUGAAUCUGGGUCUAAACCCGUCUUUGCAAACUUAUACAUUGCUUCUCAGUUGUUGCACAGACGCAAGCUCGCCGUAUGACAUGGGGAUUUACUGUGACCUCAUGGAAGUCACCGCUCAUCCCGCUCAUAUGUUCCUGUCAUCUAUGCCAUCAGCUGGACCUGAUGGUCAAAAUGUACGAGAUCAUGCUAGCAAAUUCUUGGAUCUGAUGCAUAGUGAAGAUAGAGAGAGCAAAAGAGGACUUGUAGACGCCGUUGUUGAUUUUCUUCACAAGUCGGGGCUCAAGGAGGAGGCUGGCUCAGUUUGGGAGGUGGCUGCUCAAAGAAAUGUAUAUCCCGAUGCUCUCAAGGAGAAAGGCUCUAGCUAUUGGCUAAUUAACCUGCACGUCAUGUCUGACGGUACAGCUGUGACAGCAUUGUCCCGGACACUCGCUUGGUUUCGCCAGCAGAUGCUAGUCUACGGGAUUAGUCCCGGUCGUAUUGAUAUAGUGACUGGAUGGGGCCGUCGAAGCAGGGUGACAGGAACUUCCAUGGUGAGGCAGGCAGUUCAAGAAUUGCUGCAUAUUUUCAGCUUCCCAUUUUUCACCGAAAACGGCAACUCCGGAUGCUUUGUAGGAUGUGGUGAGCCUCUUAACAAGUGGUUGCUCGAAUCUUACGUCGACCGUAUGCAUUUACUAUAAUAAAUAGCAGCGAUUAUAUCACCAUUGCUGAUCGAGUACAAUUUUGUUGCGGCAAGUAGAAGGGCAUCAUAUGUAUGUAUAGUUUCAUCUGUUUUGAAUUGUAUUGUAGCUUCAUGCUGACUUUCAUUAAAGCUCCAUUGUAGUGAGCAUUAAUGGUGUUGCUUUAGAAGUUAAAAAUAGACUCAAGAAGUUAUGCUGUCUGUUUUGAAGGGCCUUGUUCUAGUAUUUGAUUCGUCUGAAUUGUUUGUCAUUCCCAACAGUUAGAUUGAUUUAUUGUCUAGAAACACAGGGUUGGAUCGCAUUGUAUAUUUGAGUACUUGAAGUGAAGCAAUAGAAAUGCAUUAUUAUGAUA